AUGAAUCAAUUCAACGGAGCUUCGCACGUCACCCAGCUCGGAGCAGAGCCGCUUGGGAAUUACGGCGUUUCACUCACGGAUUUUCAGGAAUACGUGUGGGUGCCACAACAGCGAAGCACACGAUACCUGCAUCCGGACUCACAACAGGAUUUACCAACCUUAAUCUGCAAUACGAUAAGUCCCCUUCCUAAAAUUCGCAACAGCAACAAAUUGUCCACGUCAUUUUUUGAGCUGUUUCCCGCCCAUUGGCGCAUUCCUACAGCUUACGAUCUCUGGAAUUUUCGAGUGGAAAAGACAACUGUGAGGUGCUCCGCAGCUAUUCAGCACAGAUUCGCAUCAAUUACAGGAUGAGACCCUAACUGAAGCCAUAUCUGUUUACACGUCAAACAAUGUGUCCAGGAAAUACAUUUUGGGCUUAAAAAGCAUCGA